GCCCAAGUCCUUGGCCCUAUGGAUCUGAAAGACUCGGAACGGCGUCCUGUAACAACUCCUCAAAUUCUUACGCUGUCACUGCAACAGAGCCGAGGUGUCAAUGUUUCAACCCGGACAGAAAUCAAUGGUCUGCCUCGGUCGAGAGCAAGCUGUUGUAAACUUCGAAUUCCCAGUUGAACGGCAACCGGUAGCCGUUGAGGUCGGUUUGGAAGCUUUUCCCUUUGGCGUAUAUCACGCCCUUUGCGCAUCCUCGAGUCGACACAGGUCGACACCUCUCCACUUCUUUUAUUUUCCCGCCGAUUCGCCUCCCAGAUUAUCUGCCAUACCCGCCAUGUUGGUUUCCGAGGGUGACUGUUCGAAUUCAACUACAGCCACACAUGUGUUGGCCUUGCGAUUUGAGUGAUACUAUUCACUGCGUGGGAGAAACGGCAAACGAUUAAAAGAUGUGUUUG